AUGGCGGCUCCCUUAACACUAGUGUUGAUUUUAGCAGUGUCAAUAAGAGCAGUGUUAUUUCGGUCUAGUUUGGCUACACUGAUUUCUGAAAGGGUUGAAGUUGUGUCCCCUCUGAAUUCGUGGAAAAGAGUGGUGGAGGGUCUUGCCUUGCUGGAUCUGGGGGUCUCGCCAUAUUCCGGGGAUGUAUUUCAUGAAACACCCCUUAUCAUAUACCUCUUUCAUUUUGUGGUGGACUAUGCAGAGAUUGUAUUUAUGAUAGCAGAUGGAAUCACAGCAGUGGCUCUCUAUCUGUCAGUGGAGAGCUACAACAAAAAUGUGUUCAGAAAACAGAAGUAUGCUUUGGAGGCAGACAGGUAUCCACAUGACUGUCUGGAGCUCAUGCGCUCACCCAAAGAGAUGUUCUACAUUCCUCUCAAAGUGGCUAUGUUUUACCUGUUGAAUCCCUUCAGUAUCCUAUCCUGUGUGGCAAAGUCUACCUGUGGUCUAAACAAUGCCAUUAUUGCAGUCUUCAUCCUCUGCACACUAAAAGGAAGUGCCUUGUUGAGUGCAAUAUUCCUGUCCUUGGCAACCUAUCAGAGCAUCUAUCCUCUCACAUUGUUUGCUCCUGCCCUUCUUUUCCUGCUACAGAGGUUGUAUAUUCCAGUCAACCCAUGCAGGAGUAGUUUCUGGUUCUUCACCCUGCAAUACGCCUUCAUGUUUGUGGGAAGUCUGGUUGUGAUUGUCUGCCUCUCCUUCUUUUUACUUGGAUCUUGGGACUUUAUUCCUUCAGUCUACGGAUUCAUUCUCUCAGUACCAGAUCUCACUCCAAAUAUUGGCCUCUUCUGGUAUUUCUUCGCUGAGAUGUUUGAACAUUUUCGUUUCUUCUUCAUCUGCGUCUUCCAGAUUAACAUCUUUUUGUACACCAUCCCUCUUUCUAUCAAACUCAAGGAGCAUCCAGUAUUUCUCAUCUUCAUGCAGAUUGCCAUCAUCUCAAUUUUUAAGUCAUACCCAACUGUAGGAGAUAUAGCACUCUAUAUGGCCUUCCUGCCUGCCUGGAGCUACCUUUACAGAUUUCUGAGGAACAUCUUCCUGGUUUCCUGCAUUUUGUUGGCAUGCUCAGUCCUCUUCCCUGUGCUCUGGCAUCUCUGGAUCUAUGCUGGCAGUGCCAACUCAAACUUCUACUAUGCCAUCACACUGCUAUUCAAUGUUGGACAGAUCCUACUCAUGUCGGACUACUUCUACGCAUAUCUGCGUCGGGAACAUCACCUGAGCCAGGGGCUGUACCCACAGAGAAAGGAUGGCAGCGAGGCCACACUGGUGUUAAAAUAACCUCUGAAAUGGCAGCAUGGUUACCUCUUCCUCCACUCUUCCCUGACCUUUUUUUUUUUUUAACUUUUUUUUCUUUUCCUCUACCCAACUUUCAUUUUCAAAUAAAAAAUUUGUUUAUGAUUAAUCUGGAAAAUCCCUCCAUGUACCCCAUGAAAAUAAUAAUGAAACCGUGUACUACAAGUGAGCUACCAGUUUUUGUUCAAUAGGUGUAGGUGACCCAGUGAACUAUGAUACUGGCAAUUCUCUAAAACUCUAAAUCCAUUAGAGCUGCAACAACUAAUCGAUAAUAAUCGAUUAUGAAAAUCGUUGUCAACGAAUCUCAUUAUCGAUUAGUUGGUCUGUGCGCGCAAUGGGGUACGUUUACUCACUAUGUUACUUCUGUUCCGAAAACACACUUCGGAGAGUAAAUACUAAAGUUGUGUCCCAAAUGACGUACUAUACACUUACACUGUGCACUGUGUACUCUACUGUCUAGCGCAGUAUUUCUCAACCGUGGGUCUGUGGGCGCCUAGUGGUCAGUGGUGUAAUUGCAGGGGGUUCGUAGGAAAGUUUUUAAAAUGUUCAUGUAAUUUUUUUUUUUGUGAAAUGUAUCAAAACAUAUUCAGAUGAGAUAUUUUAAAAUUAGUCAAUUUGGUUAUUCACAUGCAUUCACAAAUAUCACAUUAGCUGCUUUCAUUGAUGGAUUUAUUUUAUAUUUAUUUACAAAUGGAAUGAUAAUUUGCAAAAACCUAUGAGUGAUAGACAAGUUCAAGUGUCUUAUUGAUUUGUAAAAUAAACAAAAGAUAAUUCAGAGAGUCAAAUUAAAUGUCGCACCAACAAUAAAAUGUCAAAUUGAAAUGUCCGAUGUUAAUAUUUUUAAUGUUAAAUGUUAAUAAAAUAAAGUAACGUAUAGAAAUUACUGUUAAAUAUAUAGCCUAUAAUUGUUGUGGAUUGUUCGAAAUAUGCUAGGGGUCCAGAGCUCAAAAGGUUGAGAACCACUGGUCUAGUGUAUGAGUUAUAGAAAAGCAGUAUUGUCUAAAAUGGGACACAUUAGUUUUUUACUAACUGGAACUAUAAGCUGCUUCCUAGUCAGUGGCGCAUGACGUCAUACGCACACACAAUGCAACGCCGCUAGCUUUAGCAGACACCCAGAGUCACCGACAGUGACUUUCUUCAGAUUACUGUUUGUCAACAUUACCUUUUACAUGACCACAGUCACUAUUCGACGGAGGCGUAAUCGUCAAGUGACUGAGGAAGAAAGUGUGCGAACCAAGUCCUUUAAGGCAGGAGAGCAUUUUGUAUUAAACACCCUGAAGAUCAAAGUUUAUACAGCAGGGUUGAUGUAGCACGGAAGCACGACAGUGAUGCACAAGCACAAACUUUUAUGUUUGUAUCCAAAAUGCUCCACUGUGUGUUAGGGGUUGGGGAAACUGGUACAAGGUGCAUAAAAGGUUUAGUUUAAUUUCAGUUUAUUGUCAUUAUAUGGUGUAUUUGCGUGCUUGCAGCGUAAAUUCUGUUGUGUUUUUUGGGUUUUUUUUUAACAGAAGCGAUUUGUUAAUAAUGAGGCUGCAUUGCUCCUCACUCGCGGUGGGAGCGGAAGUAAGAUCUGUAAUGUCUAAUUAAAACACUAGGAUCAAAAGUAAAACAAUAUGCCUAAAGGCAGCGAGUAACAGAAACCAUAAGGUGCAGUGAAAGGGAGUUUUUAUUACUAAUUUAGGACUGUAAUUUAUUUCAGUGCUGCUUUUUUUUUUUUUGCAUCUUUAAAAAGUAAUGCAUAAAUACUAUUAUAUAUUAGUUUAUAUUAUAUAUAAGUAUUUAUGUAUUACUUUUUAUAGAUGCAUAAAAGCACAGAAUUAAACUAUAGUGCUUAAUGAAUAAUAUAUAUUCUGGUGUGUGUGUAUUGGGUUCUUUUCAGUCUUUUAUAACUGGACAAACAGUUGUGUAAAUUUUUAGUCUGAAGUUUAUUUUUGUAACAAUCAGUUUGUGGAUUUUAUUUUAAAUAAACGAGAAAAUGGUACUGAAAGCCCCCCAUCCGAUUAAUUGAAAAAAUAAUCAGCCAACUAAUCGAUUAUGAGAAGAAUCGUUAGUUGCAGCCCUAAAUAUUCCAUAGUGUUUUGUUUUGAGGUUAAUUUAAGUCCACAGCAUGAAAUCAGUUAAAGGGCUAUUUACUCAUGGAACUUGUGGUUGAAUCAUUCCAGCAGGUUCAAUGCAGUGGACUUUACCACCACUAGUGGUGUUCCUCACCAUAGGUGGCACCUGUAUGUGUCUAAGAUUACGACCUUCAAAGUCUCCUGCUCAGGCCUAAUAUGGCAAAGUUAGUCAUCCUGGUUCAGUUACCAACAAAGCACACUAAUCUUAAUCUAUUGUGAGUAAUGCAAUGCCACCUCUUCAUUGUUAGGAAACUUGAGUAUAUAUAGUUUUUAGUUGGAUUAAUUGGUCAUUGAUUUUGACAGACUUAGCUGAGGAUAGCUGUUUCUAAACUCAUCAUUCAAACAAAUACAGCCUCUCCUUUCAGUGUUUCCUCCAAAGCUGUUCUCCUAGAACAGAUGCUAAGGCUGUCGCAGCAUCCCAAACUUUUCUCAAGAUUCAUCUACAAUGAUUAACAGAACAUAUGCUAUAAUAUUUGCCCCUACGUUUUGUGAACUAGUAUACUGUUUCCAUUGUUACAGCUUAUUUUAAGGGGGAGAAACCAAAAAAAUGUAAAUGGGAGUUUGGCCCAUGUGGGAUGCAGAGGGAAAGUUUCUAAUAUAACAUAUAUAGAAAAUAUAACAUGCAAAUAAAUAAUAGUUCUUUAAUAACUUGAUUUGUCCUGUCUAUGACUGUAGUAGAAUGCCAUUCCUAAUGGCCUGGAGUGGAAAAUGCAAAUAAUUAUACUUGGUUUCUCUACUUUGUGUACUUUGCCGGGGGGUGGGGGGGGAUAUUUAUACUUUGAGUAUCAAUAAAACUGAAUACUUGUACUCUUAAA